AUGCCUGCCAGUGAAUACGCCCCUCAGUUGAAUUACCUGAGAGAUUCGGCCAACUCUCUAGGCUCUCUCAGUCCAUCGACAGCGGCCUAUCUUCACAUGGUCCACAAUCGAAUUCUUCUCGAUGAAUUCAAACCUCUAAAUCAACGGCAUCAGGAGUUUUCUUGUGGCGCAUGUGGUAGCAUUAGGAAGCCAGAAUGCACUAAGACUAUUGAAAUAAAAAAGAAAAAGACAAAGCGCUCCAAUAAGCCUGCUUCUAGCUCUUCAGUGUCAAGGGAGGGCGCCACAGUCUACAAGUGUCUCCGUUGCCAUCGGCGGACAGUCAAACCGCAUCGAAAAGAGGCUGUUCGCUCCAACACUUCAUCCAGAUCCACAGCAGCAGCAUCUUCUACCCCUGAUAUCCAGCCAUCGACCUCUACAGCCGGAACCUCAGCAGAAAAGAACCUUUCUCAACCGGCCUCCGACGUGGAUGCGACCAAGGUCACGAAGACGGUAGAAAACGCCAGCAGCAAGAAACGUGCCAAAGCCAGAAAGCAGGGCGGACUGCAAGCACUUCUGGCCUCCAAACAGCAGUCUAAAUCGAACUCAUCGCUUGAUCUGUUUGAUUUCAUGCAACAGUGA